UUUUGCACGCCUCCUCUAGCGCCCAAGCAGUUAGCCUACACGAAAGAGCCCAAUCGGUUUAUUUUGCACCUAAUGAUGCAUCUCGCUCGUUUGCCGUUUCUGGGCCAGCCUCGUCAGGAGAGCCAUCUCCACAUCGCUCUGGCAGCGCAAUGCGCAUUACCGCAUACGAAAGACUACACCGUUAAGAUUUGGCCUUCCCCGGCUUCUGAUUAUAUACAUCUCGUGGAUUGCUAUAUAGUUUCCAAUGUGCGCCACAUAGCCUUGUCACACCCCAGUCACUCGUUCCCUUCGUGCUACUACCUGCUUCUCCUCGUUACAUCCUAGUGUGCGAGCUGUAUUAUUUUUUCCAUUCUUCUGUUGUGAUUCCAUUCUUUUGCACAACAUGCGUCUUUCGCUAUUCGCUUCAGGCCUUUUGGCCGCCGUCUCUUAUGCCGCGCCGCUGGCUGAGAGGGCUGAAGGCAAACUCGUCUUCGCCCAUUUCAUGAUGGGCACCCAAGCGGCCAGGACUUCAUCCAAAGAUUAUGAUGCCGACAUGCAGCAGGCCAAGGCGGCUGGCAUUGAUGCAUUCGCUCUCAACAUUGGCCUGGACGACUACACGGAGAAACAACUCGACUUUGCUUACCAGUCGGCUGCCGACAAUGACUUCAAGGUCUUCAUUUCUUUCGACUACAACUAUUACACCACUGGCUCCGAGGCUGCCGUCGCUAGCCUCAUCAAAAAGUACGGUGGAAAGCCGAGCCAACUGAUCUACAACAACAAGAUCUAUGUGUCGACAUUCAAUGGAAACCAGGAGCCGGCCAAGACUCUCAACGCCCCUGCCCUCAAGGCAGCAGCCGGAGACAUCUACCUUUGCCCCAACUUCAUGCCCAAGGGGUCAUCAGAGGGAAUUGAUUGCGCUUUCAACUGGGCGGCCUGGCCCAACAACGGUGCAAACAGGGCACCAACGUCAGCUGUCAACCUGACCGUCGAAAUGGGCGAUACCGAUUACAAGAACUGGCUCGGAAGCAAGGCCUACAUGGCCCCUGUGUCUCCGUGGUUCUUCACUGACUUUGAUCAAUACGACAAGCACUGGGUUUUCCCUGGCGAUCUCCUCUGGCACAGCCGCUGGAACAACAUUCUCUCCUCAGCCCCUCAGUUCGUCGAGAUCAUCACAUGGAACGACUAUGGCGAAUCCCACAACGUCAUCGACCUUCCCGCCGGCUCGACUGUAGACGGCGCGGCCUGGUCCUCCGAUAUGCCUCACCACGGCUGGCUCGAGAUGGCCUUGCCCUACAUCAAGGCCUUCAAGUCCGGCGCCACCGCCCCUGCCAUCGAGGAGGAGAAGCUCGUAUACUGGUACCGCACUUCCAGGGUCGCCGACUUCCCCAAGGCCAUUGAAGGAAAGGAGACGCUCCGCGACUCUGUGUUUGUGGUCGCUCACCUCAAGUCCGCGGGUACUGUCACUGUCACUUCUGGAUCGACGUCGCAGACGUUCGAGGCCCAGGCUGGCGCGUCGGCUUUUGAGGUUCCUAUGGGUUAUGGCCAGCAGACUUUCAAGUUGAGCCGUGGAGGGCAGGAUGUCUUCAGCGGCACUGGUAAGAAGCAGAUUACCAACCAGGGUACCAACUUGAACGCCUAUGUUGGUGUAGCCAAGGCAUAA